AUGAGAAGAUUGUAUGUGAAAAGACUUGCAAAAGUUACUUUGGCAUUUCGUGGAGACAAUGAGAAGCUGUAUGAAGAGAAUAAUGGAAUUUUUUUAAAUGUGAUUGAAAUGAUUGCUGAAUUUGAUCCUACAAUGCAAGAGCACAUUCGGCUUAUUGAUACACAUAAGACUCAUUACCAUUAUCUUGGUCACAAGAUUCAAAAUGAAUUGACACAACUGUUGGCAAGUAAGGUCAAAAGUGAAAUCAUAGCAAGAAUUCGAGAAGCAAAGUCUUUUUCAGUGAUACUUGAUUGCACUCCGGAUGCUAGUCAUGAAGAUCAAAUGUCUCUUAUAAUAAGCUGUGUGGAUGUUACAAAAACUCCAAUAAAGGUUGAAGAAUUCUUUUUAGAAUUUCUGAAUGUACAUGACUCAACAGGGUGUGCACUGUUUGAUGUGCUUUUCGGUGCAUUGAGCAAUCUUAAACUUGAUGUUGAUGACAUAAGGGGACAAGGUUAUGACAACGGUUCAAAUAUGAAAGAUCAUGUGCAAGGAAGUCACACUCUCAAACCGUUGUCACAAACUUGUUGGGAAAGUCAUAUUGAAAGUGUUAAACCCAUAAGAGAAAGCGCUCAACAGAUAAGAGAUGCUUUGAUUCACUUGGCAAAUACUAGUGAAGAUCCUAAGUCAAAGAGUGAAGCCGAAUCCCUAGCAAUCCAUGAGUUGGAGAAUUUUGAGUUCUUGUUAGGUAGGGUUAUUUGGCAUGAAUUGUUGUUUGCUAUUAAUACUAUUAGCAAAACUCUUCAAAAAGAAGAUAUGCAUAUUGAUGUUGCUAUUGAUCAAUUGAAAGGGUUUAUAUCUGUUCUUGAUCAGUAUAGAGAAACUGGAUUUGAAGAGGCAAUGAAUGAAGCUAAGAAAAUAGCAAGUGAGAUGGAGAUUGAGCCUGUUUUUCGUGAGAAAUGCAUCAUUCGAAGAAAGAAACAGUUUGAUGAGAGUGCUAGUGAAGUGGCAACACAAUCAGCAAUUGAAGCUUUUAGAGUUGAUUACUUCAUUUAUAUAGUUGAUUAA